AUGGCUACUAUUACAAAAUUGACAACGUUAGCCAUCCUACUAAGCAGCGCCUACGCUGGGUUCCUGCAUGGACAUUCUCAUGAUAACUUACAUGAUCACUCUCACAAUCUACACCAUGACCUGCAGGAUCACUCUCACCAUGGUUUAGAUGAACAUUCUUAUCAUGAUGACCACUCCCAUCAUGAUUUCAGUCAUGGAUCGGCACCACUGCCUCAUCUAUCAGCACCCAGCGGGUUUGAAGGAUCAUCCAGUUUUUCCCCUAGUUCCUUCCCUGCGGGUUCUCUGCCAUCAGCCUCAUACUCGGGGAGUGGUUUAAUUGGAGGGGGAUCUUUAGGAUACAGCUCGGGCUUCGGAUCAGGUGGUCUUACUGGCGCUAACUUUGGCUCGUCAGGAAGUAUUGGAUCAGGUCUUUCCGGCCAUGGUUUAAGUUCUGGUCUCAGCGGGUCCCUUUUAUCUGGACCUGGUCUAUCAUCUGGAAUAGGCGGAUCUGUAAUAAGCGGAGGUUCUCUACCGGGAGCAGCUUUAUCUGGACUAGUUAAUGGUCACCCAGCCCCACAAGGCCCUAAGGCUCCAGUUAUUGAUGAGAUUCACGGCCUUGCUAACAGCAAUGGUGCGCCAACACAAUACCGAGUACGUGAAGAAACUUACCAAGUAUUCAGAGAUGUCCACCACAGAGUUCCACAGCCUGUACCAGUUCCAGUACCACAUACUGUCCAAAUUCCAGUUCCACAGCCUUACCCGGUCCAAGUACCAGUAGUCAAAAACGUGCCAGUGCCAGUCGUUAAGAUACAACAUGUAAAAAUCGAUAAGCCAGUGCCGUACCCAGUGGAGAAAAUUGUCAAGGUACCAGUUGAGAAGGUAGUAAAAGUACCAGUUGACCACCCAGUUCCCGUUGAGAAGGUUGUGGAAGUACCUAUCGUGAAAUUGAUCAAGGUUCCAGUACAUGUUGUGAAGAAAUACCCAGUUCCUGUAUUCAAGACUGUUCACCACAAAGCCCACCAAAGCCACGGCUGGCAUGGACAUGAGAGUCACGGCCACAGCUAUGGGCAUGGACAUGAGAGUCUCGGCCACAGCUAUGGGCAUGGACAUGAGAGUCUCGGCCUCAGCUAUGGACAUGGUCAUGAUAGUCUCGGCCACAGCUAUGGGAAUGGUCACGAGAGUCUUGGCCUCAGCUAUGGACAUGGACACGAGAGUCUCGGCCACAGCUAUGGGCAUGGACACGAGAGCCUCGGGCUCAGCUAUGGGCAUGGACACGAUAGUCUCGGCGACAGCUAUGGGCAUGGACACGAGAGUCUCGGCCACAGCUAUGGGCAUGGCCAUAGUGUUGGGCAUGGCGAUGAAUACGCUCACGGUCACGGUCACGAUGCAUGGUCUGGGUCUCAAUGGUAA